UGCAGGUUGCUCGUCUUGGUUGCAGAUGAGCAGAGAGAAAACAUUGGAGGGAGAGAGAAGGGGGCUAGAGGAGCAGUGGCUUGGGCAGGCGAAUUAUGCAUGCACUAGGCGAGCGCUGAGAGAAUGGCUGUGGAAGCUAUCCAUUGCAAUCUGAAUCCUAAUGGCAUUGAUCGUCCUGUCCACGCAGAAGAUAUUAACCUGUCACUUGAAGGUGAAGGAGUUGAGUUGCCCUCACGUAAGAACGAUAAUACUCGGAAGGUGCUUGAGUCAAAAGGAACACCCAAGAGACAGCAAGUGGAACCAGAAACAUCUAAGUCUGGUACUGUGAAACUGACAAAACCAGUAGCUCUGUGGACCCAGCAGGAUGUCUGCAAGUGGUUGAAGAAACACUGCCCUAAUCAGUAUCAAAUCUACAGUGAGUCAUUCAAACAGCAUGACAUAACGGGCCGUGCAUUGCUGAGGCUUACUGACAAGAAACUUGAACGAAUGGGGAUUGCCCAGGAGAGCCUACGACAGCACAUUUUGCAGCAGGUGCUUCAGCUGAAAGUGAGAGAAGAAGUCCGAAAUCUACAAUUACUUACACAAGCCCCAACAGAGACUUCUCCAUAAACACUACUAGCCUCUAAAGCUUCUGUCCUGCCAGGUGAUAUGAAAGUGAACUUUACUUCGUGAAAAGCAUAACAAAUGGCACUGCCAGAAGGUGACCAGGAAGAAUUGAAAGAUUAACUGAAAUACAGCCAUUCAGUCAUGAUGAUACAUUCUGGAAAGUCCUGGUUUGCUGUGGUAUUAAAAUAUGGUGCAUAAAAUACAGUGCUAAUUUGUUCAAAGUGGUCAUUGACAGACCAUUAGCUGGAAAAUUGUUUCCAGUUUUCAUCACUGUGCAUAACUUUGAGUUCCCAUUAGGGGACUAUCUGUGCCCUUCACUAGAAGUUCUGUUUUAGCAUGGCAACUACUGGAUUAUUUUAUUAUGUAUGCAGAUGGCAUGAUGAUGUUUUAGGAAAAACUUACAGCAGUUCUUCAACCUCAGUAAAAAUGUUCACAAUAUUAGACCCCCAAUAGGAAUGUAAAUGUCUUGUAUAUGUUAGUUAUACAGUCUAAUGGUAUUCUGUUUAACUAUAUGUGAUCUCCACACAGAAGAGUUAGCACAUUCUAUACAUGUCAGGAAAGGUCUUUUCUUUAUUUCAAUACUAAAAUACGUUUCAGUACCUACACUAAGACUGUAUCUAAAAUAGAACCCAUACUUGCAUAUAUUCACAGAUUCAUGGGAGAUUGCAUAGAUAGAUUUGCCCAUGGCAUGUAUGCCACUAGACAUAUUUUACUGAGACUUACUGAACAGCUGUCAUGGAGGUAGCCAGGAGUAUGGGAGGCUGAAUGGGCUGUCAAACAUUGCAUCUGCUGUCCCCCACCCUCACCAAUAAACCAAGCAGUCCACAUUUCUGUUGUCCCAAUGUGAGGUUCCCAUUAAAUUGUAAAGGAAAAGAUCCCUUCUCUUGAGAUACAUUGUGCCCAUGGCUUUGGUCUACAUUAAACACAGGAGAGACUGGAGACAUCCUGGUUCUUCUGCUAAUCACUAUUUUUUGGGAGUGGGGCAGUGAAUUACAACUUGCAGAGUCCAAACAAAACCUCUUGAAGAUAGUAAAGAGUAAGAGGUGGACUAGAUGCUCCCACUCUGUAUGGUUCCUCAUAGAGGACAGACACCUCCGUUAACAUUUCCUCCUCUUUCUACCCAAAACACUUUUUUUUUUUAAGUCUGAACUGGGGUUUAGGUAAAUGGUUCUAAUAACCCUUUGGGCAUUCUGUAGCAGGCUCAAGACUGUUGCAUUCACAUUGAGCAUUGUUAUUUGUUGUUCAGUCUCUAAGUGGCUGACAUCACGGGUUGUGUCACAGCUGGCUGUGGUACAGUUUUCAUCCAUGGAGACUUAAUGGAAGUACUUUUCAUCCCACCCCUCACAUUGGGGCCUAUUUGAAACAGACUAUUUACAAUGAAGUAAAUUAAAUAGUCAGCAGCAUCACAAGGGACAAGCCUGGUGGUUCUUGCAGUUCCUAAAUCAAAGAUGGCACUUUUGGUAGCCAAAGAACAUCUUUCUCUCCAGCCUAAUGGACUAUCACUUAGUCCAUCUGCCAAACCUGUGGAGAGCCUUCCAUGUUGGAGACUUAGAUACCAAUAGUGGAGAGAAGAUGAAUCUUAAUGGGAUUACAGUAAGACAAAGAGCUAUUUUUGAGGAAGUUCAUGUGAUACACGCUUAGAAGCUAUUCUAUACCCUACUAGUGAUUGUAAGAUCAACCAAUUAGAGCACCAGUGCACCCAAAGUGUAUAUUUUUGGCUUUUUCAGAUGCGUGUGUAUUUGUGUCAGAACUUUUCACCCAUCCCUGAUAUGUAAACAGUAUAUAUACUUUUUGGACAGAUAUAAAAAAAAGUCAGGCUCAGCAUGUUGGCUACUGUAUAAUAUCAAUAUAGAACAGAAUUAUAAUUAGUUAGGGCCAAGAUUUUCAGAAGUGUCUAGUGAUUGUUAGGUGCUUAACUUGACACUUUAAAGGAGCCUGAUUUUCAGAAAAUGCUGAAAAUCAGGUCUCUUUAAAGUUUCUCAAAUUGGGCAUCCAGAACUUUCAGGCAUCCAGAAUCACAAGGCACUCUUGAAAAUCAUGGACUUUAAUUUAGAUUGGUUAGAAAAACUUCAAUAAAGGCAUAAGAAUAAUAUCCUCUAAGUGCGAAGUUGCUAGAGCAAUAUUUUAGCAAUGUGCACUUUUUAGAGUUGCCCAUAGAUUUGCAAGUUGACUUUUUUUAGAAAUUGGUCAUGUGCAUUGCAGAAUUUCAUUAAAAGUUUUAGCACAUUUAAUAGGCCUUUCCUAUUCUGUUUUAGAAUGAAUUCUGGGAACUGAGAUUGGUCAUUUUCCUAAGUCACUUAUAUUGCUAUUGCUGUUUUAAAAAAAAAAAGUUUAUCAGUUUGUUUAAAACAAAACAAAAAAAAAGAGAGAUACUUAGAUGUUAAGGAUCCUCUUUUACUGUACUCAAGUUUACUACAUAGUAAUACAUUCUAGAAUAAUUCAAAUGAUAAAGUUAAGAUUGUCACAUAUGGUUACUAUAUGGGUGUGAGAGAAAAAAAUGAGUUAGGUAAAAUGUUUUUAUAUCAGUGUUAGUUUAAACGUCUGCUAGUACAUGGGCAUGAACUUAAAUGUCUGAACUAAUCCUCUUAAAACAGUUUGUUUUAAAUGAUUCCCAGAGUUUAGUUAGGAGGAUCUGGGAAAUAGUGUUAGAGGCACUGAGAAAUGUGAAAAUAAGGGCCAAGUCCUGGUCCAACUGAAUUCAGUGGAGUUUUUUUCAGAGAUUUCACGGGGCCACUGUUUGACACUAUGCUUGAAACUUACUUAGGCCUCAAUCCUACAAAGACCUAUGCAUGUGAAAAGACUUCAAGCAUAAGAAUUCUCCCACUCACGUGUGUAAGUGUCUGCAGGAGCAGGGCUAUAAGGAGCUUACAGUAUAUUUGAUUUGUAUUUAACUAGUCACCACGUUUAAUCACUGUUACUCUCCGAAAAAGUAGGCCAUGCUUCCUCAGGGAUAUUUAUGGAAUUAUUAUACAUCCACUGAACAAUUGUCUGAAUCCCAACACAUUCCUCUGAAAAGUAUGUAAUAUAAAUAAGGGUAGGAAGGGGGUUACAUUAUUGUGAAUGGAGCUGAGUACUGUAUUGUGAGAGAGGCUAUGGAAAGCUGUCAUGUUUUUAUGCUGAACACCUUAUUAAUAGCAGACCCCUCUACUUCUUUUCCCUGACUCCCAAGAAUAGAUCCAUGGAACGAAUGCUCUGUCUACAGUCAUAAUUAAUUUAUUGCAAGGGUGCCAAGACUAAGCCAACAUGAAAGGGAAGGAAUAAAUUCAUUCCUGCAAAAGGAAGUGAAUUUAAAUAUACUCAUAGCCAUUAGUCCUGUGUAAAAGCAGAGUAGGAGACUAAUGCCAUUGUGUUAGAAUAGCAGAUCUCAGUCAGCCGUGUGUGUGUGUGUGUGUGUGAGAGAGAGAGAGAGAGAGAGAGAGAGAGAGAGGUGGUGGUGGUGGUGAAUUUAAUUGGGUGGGCGAGUACUUUGCAUUAUCACUCAGUAUCACCAUUACAUUUACCACUGUGACACUGGCAAUUGAACUACCACAGACUUGACUACUACCUCUAAAAUACGGGUAAACAAUAAUAGUAUCACUAUCAGAAUACUCCUAUCUCAGCACCCAGUCCUGCAGCCUUGCUCCCAUGAAUGGUCCAAUUGCCAGCUGCCCUUAUUCACAUGGACCCAUAUGUGAGUAAAGGCUGCAGCAUCAGACCUUCACUAAGGAGUUUUCACAGAGGCCAGGCCAUCUUAGCUACUUCAGAUAAUGUCUUUUCUUAUACUAGGAGAGCAAAGGAAUCACCAGCCUGCAUAGGAAAAUAUACUACAGAUGAAAAUAUGUUACAUGCUUUUUAUUCCCUAUUUUUAGCUAUAUUGCUUGCUUUGUCUGAAACUGUCACAUAACUGAUUUGUUAAGAAAGAUAAAGUCUUACAGACAAGAAGCUCACAAAAGCUGUAUUAGCUCUUUGGUUUUGCCAAUCCAUCUGUACCCAAAUGCAUUAGCAGGUUCAUUCUUCACACUAUUUUCCUCUCUAUUUUUAAGAGUAAUUUUGUGACUUUACAACUAGACUUAAAGCAGCUUCAGACUAUUUUAAAGAGAGGCUAACCUUUGAGAGUGACAUAAUUCUUUAUUCUGUACGGGCUGUGGGGCAGAUCCCCAGCUGGCAUAAAACAGCAAAGCUUCAUUGAAGUUGUUGGAGCUUCACUGAUUUAUGCCAGCUGUAGAUCCAAGUCCAUUUUGAUGUUUUUUUUUUAAAACAAAAUAUCAAAAACACUAGAUAGCAAUUUUUGAAUAAUUGACAUCACACACGGAAAAAUAAAAACUUGCAUGUUUUACCUCUGUCCUCUAAUAACAAAUAGUAUCUUUGUAAACUCAGUCUCAAUGAAAGCCCUCAAUACCUCGCUGUGGUACAAUUGGAUCUCAUCUCUAGACUGUGAUCAAUAUACGAUUUUAAUGUAGACAGAAAAGAGUCCUGUGGUUUAAUGAGGGUUGAUAGAGCCAAAGAAGCAAGUUUGCUGUUGACGUUAUCUACAGUAAACUUUAGGAAAGGUGUUUUGAGUACAAAACACUCCAAUACAUAACAAAUGAAAAAAUGGGGAACCUCACAGCAACGUGUACAAAUCUGCAGUUAAGAUAUGCAGAUGAUUGAUAAGGGAAGCUAAAGGUAUCUAUGAAAUAUCUUUGGUCAGUAGUGUUAAGGAUGAUAAGAAGGAAUUCUUUAAAUAUAUAAUGAACCACUGAAAUCAUAGCAAAUUAUGUAGGUCCAAUACUAGCCAAAUAUGGUAAAAAUAUCAAUCAUGGUGCAGGAAAGGCAUAAGUAUUCAACAAAUAUUUCUGUUUUGUGGUUAGACAGAAACAGAAUAGUGUAGUCAGAUCUUUCUGUGAUGAUUAAAUACUUCCUAUUCCAUCAGUCACUAGGGAGAAUGUUAAUCAGCAACUAUUAAAGAUAAACAUUUUAAAUGUGUGGGACUGGAUAGCUUAUACUCAAGAGUAUUAAAAAAAUUGACUCUGGAGCGCUCUGAAUCAUUAAUGUUGUGGUUUUAUUUUUAAACAGAUUUUAGAACACGGGAAGUUUCAGAGAACUGAAAAAAGCCAGUGUUGUGCCCAUAUUUAAAAAGAAAAAAUGAGAUGACAUGGGAAACUGUAGGCUGGUUAUCAUGACAUGUAUCCUGGGCAAAAUCAUGGUCAGGUUGAUGUGGAAUGCUAUCAGCAAAGAAUUUUAAAAUGUUUGCAUAAUUAACACCGAUCAACAUGGUUUUAUAGAGCUUAUCAAACAAACUUGAUAUCAUUUUUGUGAAAUGACAAGUUUGGUUGACAAGGUAACUAUGUUGACAUAAUGUACUUAGAUUUCUGUAGGUCAUUUGACUUAGUCAUGCAUUGUAUGAAGUGCAGUUGUAGCCAUUCAGUCCCAAGACAUUAAAGAGACAAGAUGGGUGAGGUAAUGUCUUUUAUUGGACCAAUUUGUUGGUGAGAGAGACAAAGCUUGAAAACUUGUCUCCCUUUACCAACAGAAGUCGGUCCAAUCAAAGAUGUUAACUCACCCACCUUGUCUCGCUUAGUUCUGCAUGACAUUCUGAUUAAAAAUAGCAAAAAAGCAAUGUAGCCCAUUUAAAUGGAUUAAAAAUUGGUUAACUGUUAGAUUUCAAAAGUAAUUGUAAAUGUGAAAUCAUAAUCCAUUGUGGGUAUUUCGAGAAGGGAUCUGCAGGGAUCAUCUCUUGGUCCAGUGUUGUUCAAUAUCUUUAUCAAUUAUCUGUAAAAUAUAUAUAUAUAUAUAUAUAUGUAAAAAAUGUAAAAUGUACAGAUGACACAAGAAUUGGUGGACUUGUAAAUAAUGGUGUGAAAUCAGUUAUAUAGACUAACCUGGAUCUCUUGGUAUUGUGGUCUCAUUUGAACAACAUGUUUUAAAACAGACAAAUGCAACGUCAUCAUCUAGAAACAAGGAAUGCAGGUCACACUUAUGAGAUAUGGGACUAUAUCUUGGAAUGUAGUGACACUGAACAGGAUUUAGGGGUUAUGAUAGGAAAUUGCUAUAAGAAUGAUUUGAGGGCUGGGGGAAAAGGCCUUAAACUGACAGAAUAAAGACACUCAAUCUGUUCAGUUUGUUGAAGGUGACUUGAUCAUGGUCAACAAGUACCUACAAGGGGAAGAAUUUUCUAAUGGCAGGCAGCUCUUUAAUCUAGCAGAAAAAGGAUAUAACAAGAUCCCAAGAUUGGAAGUUAAAAUUAGACAAAUUCAUACUAGAAAUAAGCAACACAUUUUCAACAGUGAAGGUAAUUAACAUUUGGAACAGCUUACAUAGAGACGUGGUGGAUUCUCCAUCACUUAAAGUCUGUAAAUCAAGUCCGAAUGCCUUUCUAAAAGAUCAUAGAAUAUCAGGGUUGGAAGGGACCUCAGCAGGUCAUUUUGUCCAACCCCCUGCUCAAAGCAGGACCAAUCCCAAACUAAAUCAUCUAACCCAGGGCUUUGUCAAGCCUGACCUUAAAAACUCCUAAGGAAGGAGAUUCCACCACCUCCCUAGGUAACCAAUUCCAGUGCUACACCACCUUUCUAGUGAAUUUUUUUUUCCUAAUAUCCAACCUAAACCACCCCCACUGCAACUUGAAACCAUUACUCCCUGUUCUGUGUCAUCUGGUACAACUGAGAAAAGUCUAGAUCCAUCCUCUUUGGAACCCCCUUUCAGAUAUGCUAUAGCUCAUACAGUGUAUGGGUUUGAUGCAGCAAUUAUUUAAGCAAUAUAUAAGGUUCUUUUGUCUGUAAUAAGAGGAUGGGUGAGGGGCUUAAAUACCUACAGAGACUUAUUCAGACAGAAUUCUAUUGAUUUUAAUGUGUUAACUUGGAGUAGCAGAAAUAUGUAUGCAGAUGGACUUUGAGAUAAAUGUCUGUGGGACUGCUUGCAAAGGAGGGUAAGACUGAACAUGACUGAAGGGGACAGAAUUGGGUCCAAAAUGACUAUUAAAAAAGAACAAGUCUGUGUUCUUCUAAAUCAUGCACUCAAAUAAUUGGCUUCAGUGAGAGUUUUGUCUGAGUAAGGAGUAAGAAUGGCAGAGUUUUGGCACUGGAUUAGGAAAGUGGUAUUCUACAGGAAAGAAACUUUCUCUGCCUGUACAUUCUGAAUAUUUUUGUUUUGGAAAAAAUUAAACUUUUUGUUUAAAAAUUAAACUUUUCUGUUUUGAAAAAUUUGUGGGUUUUUUCAUUUUUAUAUUUUAUUAUUUAAUGACAUCAGUAGUACUUGCUACUGAUGUCAUUAAAUAAUAAUAGUAGUACUACUCACAUGUCAUAUUGUAACGAGUCAAAAUCUAUAUUUCAUUUUUAAAAUCAUUAAGCUCUUCUGCUAUUCAAUGUUGAUUAAAACAUCUUGUCUUCUUUUCUUCAGAGUGUCUCCUGUUUGUGUUGUAUUGAAACAGUGUAACACUUAGAACAAGAAGAUAAGCACUCCGUGUACUAAUUAGAGGAGCAGCUGUUUUCAAUAGCCUUGUGUUAGCCUGGAAUCAUUUUUCUAGGAUAUUGUAAAUAGCUGCUACUCUAAUUAGUAAAAUAAGAGAAUAUUGUGACUAAUGUAUCUUGACAUGAUAUGUUAUGUUGUGCACUACUACUAUUGAUGUGUCGUGGAAUACUUUUAUUUUUACAUUAACAUAAAACUGAAAAUUUUAAAAUUAAAAAUUUGAAUUAAAAAUUUUGUUUUGAAACUAAGUUUGGAAAUUUUUCCAAAACAAAAUUUUCAAAAGGAUUUCUUUUUUUAUAGAAAAUCAUGUUUUCUGUUGGAAAUUUGGUUAAAUAGAUGCAAGCUCACAAAAAAACUUGGAUUAGUCAAAAUGGCAUUUUCUGAUGGAAAACUGUUUUGACUAAAAUGUUCCAACCAACUUUAGCAGUAAGCAACUUUUUGCAUGAUUCACCUCUUAUAGUAGGUCAUUUUGAAUUUUGGUGCUUUAAAAAUAAGUAACAGAGCACUCCGUUUCUGAGGCAAGUUUCACAACACAAUGUUUUGAUGGGAGUACUAUAAGCAGAGGCUUUAAUACCUGCUUUUUACAGGUCUUCAGGGCAGCCCAGAGAGGAGGGAGGCAAGUGGGGCAAUUUGGCCCCGGGCCCCACAGGGGCCCCGCGAGCCGCUCCGGGUUUUUGGUGGCACUUCAGCUGCAGGCCCUUCACUCGCUCUGGGUCUUUGGCAGCGGGUCCGUCAGUGCAGCGGAAGACUCAGAGCGAGUGAAGGACCCGCCACUGAAGUGGUGCCGGAGCCUUGGAGCACUACCCAGUGAGUACAAGUGGCGGGGGGCGAGGAGGGGAGCCAUGAUUGGCGGCACUUAGGCUGCUCUACCGCCACCUCUUCAUUCUUCGGUGGCUCUUUGGCGGCAAUUCAGCGGCAGGUCCCUCUUGGAGGGAAGACUUGCCGCCGAAGACCCGGCCCUGCCCCAGGCCCCCAGAUCCUCUGGGUGGCCCUGCAGGUCUUCAGUGUUCUGGGGAAAAAACAGGAUAUCUAUUGUUAAGAAUAGACAAUAACUAAACUCAGCCAAAGAAAAAAACAACAUAUUUACAUUUAGCUACCAGAAGGUAAUGUGGGCAGACUGGGGUUGAAAACCUUAGCCAAAAAGCAGGGCUAAAGCUGAGAACCUAGACAAGAAUCUUUUGGAUUCUUGCUGUAAUUCAACAUAAAAAUAAAUUAGUUUAGGUUAGAUUUACUCCUUGAAGAUCGCUAGCCCACAUCGGAAGGCCAUGGAAUGAAUUUCACGCAGUCACUAGCUUACGUUUGUGAUAGCUUAUAAGCAUCUUCAGUAUUCUGAACAACCUUGCAGCCCGCAAAGGAGAGCUGUCCUUAAAAGGCAUGUUUGAGGUCAUAGUUUGGACAAAGAAAGGAGCUGAUGUUGCAGAUGGCUGUAUAAUGACAGCUUCUGCUCUAAAAGCAGGAUUUUGAGCAUUAUUAUACAACAUCCAGGCUUAGCUUGAGAAUGAGAUGUAAGCUUCCUUCUGAUUUUUAAGUGAAGAAUAUGCACCGAAUACAUCUAAAAAAAUUCCACUGUGCAGCUAUUAUUGCACCUCUAAUCAUAUUAUUUCUAUUAAACACUUGCAGUGAAUUCAUCUAUUUAAUGUCAUUAGCCACCAAAUUAAAUAGCUAUACACAAAUUUUUAGCAAAGGGAGAUCAAUACUGUAGCAAAACUGCAUAUGAGCAAUAAAAAGCUGUGUAGAGAAAAAUAUUGAUCGACCAGGUUGAAUGCUUGGGGGUUUUGUUUGUUUGGAGCAUGCAUAUAUACAUCCAUGCAGAGGUUUUCCCGUAUUGAGCCUGGCUCUGAUCUCAAGACUAGUGCAGAUGAAGGGAUAUUUAGAGUCCUCUUAUUUUACUACCUGAUCCUCAUUUGCUAUAUCCAGUAGCUGCUAUUUCUAUGUUAUUCUUCUGAGAAGGAUGGAAGAGAUCUGAGUGACUUCCACUAAGAUCAAUGCCAUGCCAUAAGUAUGUAAUCUUCCAGCCAGUGCUAAAAAUCCUGUCACAGGAGGUACUCAUUUAUAAUCCUUCUCCCUCCUGUGAAUAGGCUUCAGCUCCACUGACCCAGAUAGAGAGAGGGAGAACUUUGUGCCAUGCUGUGAACAAGCUUAGAUCUUAGUCCUGUAAGACCUGAGUGGAAGUUAAGGGCACUGAGCACUUUACACCGUCAGACCCUAGUGGUAUAAAUUCCCUGAUUGCUAGAGGCUAUUGAAAGUUUGAAGCUGACAAGUUGAGGGCCAUAGAGAACAGGUUAACUGCACUCUUUUGAUGAGUUAUUACUAUAUAUUGGGCUCGACUCAAAAUUAGGAUGAAAUGCACAGCACAAUGUUAGACAAUGUGAAGUAAAUGAAUGACUGUUCUCCCUCUAAGAUGGGACAUAAUCUGAUGAGGAUGGCUUCUUUUAUUUUGCAUUAAGCCACUAGGAAAGAAAAAUGCUAUGAGUGAAAUAAUUAUCUACCUUUCCAUGACAUUUCAGAAUCGGGGAAAAAAGCCAAGCUAGCAUCCAGCACUAAGAUUUCACACACCCCAGUAAUUAGCAUUGUAUAAUGCUAGCAUUUCCUCCAACACUGAAAUAUUAGGUCUGAUCUCAUUAUACUUAAUGGAAAGAGGCUUGUUAACUUCAGAAAGCAUUGCAUCAGGCCACUUAAUCCUUUCAAGACUCUACGUAUGUACGUCCAGAUUUUUAAAACUUGACUUUAUUUUUUGCACUCACAAAUAAAUGUGGAGGCAGUUCUUUGCAGGUAAAAAUGAGAGCAUGUAGACAUGCAACUACCUGAUCACGCCUACAAACUAGGCAAGGGAAGCCAAAAUGUUAAAAGUAGCCUCUAAUUUUGGGUGACUCUGUUUUUGGCAGCAGGGGGGAGGGAUAGCUCAGUGAUUUGAGCAUUGGCCUGCUAAGCCCAGAGUUGUGAGCUCAAUCCUUGAGGGGGCCAUUUAGGGAUCUGGGGCAAAAAUUCUGUCUGGGGAUUGGUCCGGUUUUGAGCAGGGGGUUGGACUAGAUGACCUCUUGAGAUCCCUUCCAACCCUGAUAUUCUGUGAUUCUAUGAACUUCAGGGACCUUGGCCCUGAUUUGUAGAAACGCAGAAAACCUACUGCAGAAAUUUAGGUCAAUGGCUUAUGUCCAAGGUGUCUUAAACUGAGCAACCAAAAAAUCCGAGGCCCCUUUUCCGAAUCUGGCUGCAGCCAUGGCCUCAUUUGCACACACAAAUAAUGGCACUGUCAGUUGUUUGUGGAUGCACAUUUGAGACUCAGAAAGGUAGGCCAGGUUAGGUUCCUUUGGAAAUCACGGGCUAGAUCUAUAACAGAAAUUAUUGGGUGAGGUUCUAUGCUCGGUGUUUUGCUGGAGGUCAAAGUAGAUGACCAUAGUGGUCCCUUCUAGCCUUGAAAUCUCUGAAUCCUCAGCUGGUAUAAACCAUUGUGGCUCCAUUGAUUUCAAUGCCAAUUUGCACCAGUUGAGGAUUUGGCUCCAGGCCCUUAAUCUCCUUUUAAGUAUACACAUGGCUGACAGUCUAGAAAAUGCUAGCACACAAAGAGUUAAUGAGUUGUUUUACUCAUAGGUCUCAGUGAAGAGCAGUUCCUCCCAGCACUAAACUUUUUAGACAGAGCCCAAUAAGGUGGCAUAAUCAAGAGCGUGCCUUUUUGUUGGAUGUACACUGUUUCUUCCCAGGCACCCAAGGGGUUAAUCUGUAGCGCAGUUCAUUUUUGCUCAAAACACAGAAUUAUUGUACUAUCUAAUUCUGAGUUGCUGUCAAUGUUAAUUCCACUUUAUUGUUUUUAUAUUUACUUUUUUAAUUUCUUCUGUUUUCCAGAGUCAACAAAAAAUAAAAAGAUUUGGGGGGGAUGAAUUGUUUUAAUCAUGAAAUUAAAAUUACUAUCAAGAUUUUUGUAUCUUUGAGCAUGAUAUCUGGAAGCUUUGGAAAUCUGCUUUAUCAUUUUGUAUAUUGGACAAUUUUGUACUCUGCAUUGUUUGACUUCAUUUGUGCAUGGCAAUGUAAUUAAAAUAUGGAAUUUUUACUCUA